AUGCUGGUACAGUUUCAUCUGAAGCGGUUGCUAGGUCUUCAGCCAGUACGCUUCUCCCGCAAUGUUCUCGUACUGAGACGUCUUCACGACACAGUGAAGGCUCAUAUGAGGAGUUUAGAAGCGCUGGGUACUACCUCAAAGUCGUUUUGCUCUCUACUGUUUCCUGUUCUACAACAAGUGGUUCCGCAAGAUAUGAUUCUCAGCUUCCAGAGGAAGGUUCACGGCGACGAACAAUCGCUUGGAACUACAUCGGCAGAAGAUCGGUAUGAGAUACUUCUCACGAAGUUGCUAGACUUUAUCAAGAUGGAAGCUGAGUGCCGGGAGCAACUGCCACUGGGUACAGGAGAUAGUGUCUACCACACGAGGAGGCCUAUUCAGACGACCCAGAGGAAGUUACGGCAAACUUCUUCUGAAAGACUAUCGUCCGCCUCCGCUCUUGGCGUCGAAGCCAGGAAACCGACUACCACUCGUGACAAGACGGAGCCCUGCUUCUUUUGCGGGAAUGAUCACGAGAUGCUGAAUUGCAACUUACAAGCAAAUGUGGCAGAGUUGGAAGAAAGGCUUCGUAGCAGCCACAGAUGCUUUCGAUGCGGCAAACAGUAUCAUACAGCAAAGGUCUGCCGAUCAUUUCAUAGCCUCAAAUGCAGAAAAUGUAAUGGACGACACUUAACUGUGCUGUGCAAGCAGAAGAGUACAGUACCAAGGUCUGGAGGGACGGUACUCGCAAGUGGCACGUGGCAACGUACAGGUUUGCGACAGGACAUAGUCCUGCUGCAGACUGCGCAAGUAGUCGUUUGCGCGGCCGGAGGAAAGGAGAAGUGCGUCCGUAUCCUCAUAGAUGGGGGAAGUCAAAGAAGUUUCGUUAAGCGAGCACUGUCCAAGAAGUUGCAAUUACCGACUGUUGGGAAAGAGCAUUUGGUCAUCAAUACGGUAGGCAAGGCCGGAACCGAAUCGUUGCAUCGUAGAGUGAAAGUCAGGCUUCGGUCGCAGUAUACUUCCGAGGAAGUUUGCAUUGAAGCUCUUGAGAUACCAGAAAUCUGCAUCGGCAAUCUUCCUAAUAUUGACCGGAAAUCUCUUGCUCAGCUGAAAUCCGAGGGAAUGUCUUUAGCAGAUGAAGCUACGUUCGCUGACGCGUCACCUGAAAUACUGAUACUUGUAGGAGCAGAUUUCUAUGGGUCCGUUGUAGCAGGGAGACAAGUACGAGUUCGUGACAAUCUCAUCGGUAUGGAAACCAUUUUCGGAUGGACUCUACAAGGCCCUACGGGAAAGCAAUCAGGUUACGAGUCUAACGCUCUACAUGUGCAAGUGUCCAGCGUUAACCACGACGAGGUCUCCAAUGCGCUGCAGUCUUUCUGGGAGUUAGAGCACCUUGGUAUUGUUGACAGUGAAGAGUCGGAGGGCAAGAAGCAUGAAGUUUUCCAGAGGUUUCAGGACACAACCAGAUUUGAAGAUGGUCGUUAUACAGUGCGCCUGCCGUGGAAUGAAGACCUCGUCUCACGACUGGGAAACAACAAGGCUGUAGCGGAGCAGCGUUUACGCAGCGCCACCCGUACUCUUUUGAGAGAUCAAAAGGUCAUGAACGAAUACGAUCAGGUGAUACGACAGUAUCUCAUUAACGGUCAUGCCGAGCGUAUUGAUGCAGCAUCACCAUCACCUGUUGCUGCCCCGGAAUAUUACAUGCCACAUAAUGCAGUUAUCAGACGCGAGAGGGAGACUACGAAGGUUAGAAUUGUAUUCGACGCCUCAUCGAGUGCUCCGGGUUUUCUAUCCCUGAACCAAGUUCUGCACGCCGGUCCAAACUUGAACUCUGACAUCCUUUCUCUGCUCUUAAGGUUUCGAAUGCAUCGCAUAGGCAUGGUGGCAGACAUCGAGAAAGCUUUCUUGCAGAUUGCACUUCACAAACAGGAUACAGACGCUCUGCGCUUCUUAUGGUACACUUCGACGCCGAUCGCAGGACAGCCUCUACCGUCUAUUGAGACAUGGCGCAUGACACGAGUGCCAUUCGGAGCACGAUCUAGUCCGUUCCUGCUGUCCGCGACCAUUGAGCAUCAUUUACAGCAAGCAGAGAAGGAUUACUUGCAGACUGCUACGCUCUUGGAGCAAUCCUUUUAUGUGGACGAUUUAGUGGUCAGUGUCAGCACAUCAGGAAAUGCCAGGACACUUCAUGAGGAAACUCUGAGCAUAUUCGAAGCGGCCGGCAUGAAGAUAAAGAAGUGGGUCACUAACGACGAGGCACUUCUACGAGAGAUGUUUAAAAAGGGGAACUCUACAACGGAGACUACACAGAAUCAGACUAAGAAGGUUUUGGGGGUCAUAUGGGAUCUUCAACAUGAUCAGUUACGAUGUUCAGUUGCGUCUGUCCUGGAUUCCAUGACGGAAAGCUAG